AUGCUCCUCUGUCCGUCCCCUCCCCCCCUCCCUCUCACCCCCCAACUAACACCACCCUCAACAGUCUGCCCCUCCUGCAGCAACAUGCUCAUAAUCACCAAAAUCCCCCCCUCGCACUGCGCCCCCGGCGAAGAAUCCCACACGGACAAGAACCGCUUCGAAUGCCGCACCUGCCCCUACCAGAUGGUCCUCGACCGCCGGUACUACGAGCGCAAGAACAUGAAGCUCAAGGACGUCGGCGAUAUUUUGGGCGGCGCGGAGAGUUGGCGGAAUGUCGAUCAGACGGAGGCCAAAUGUCCCAAUGAGAAUUGCGACAGCCGCAUGGCGUAUUUCCGACAGGUGCAGAUUCGAUCUGCCGAUGAGCCCAUGACGAGCUUUUACAAGUGUGUCAAGUGCACACGGGAAUGGCGGGAGAAUUAG